AGAAAGAGACGUAAGAGAGAAAUGGAAAAAUCGCGGCGGACAUUUUGAAGGCAAAAGUGAAUUUGAAGUAAAUCUUGCUGCGCUCGCAGCCAAGUGAAUAUACGCCAAAACUGGAUUAAAUAAUCGUAAAUCGAUGCCGGAAAGUGCGAUGAACGUGCAGUGCAUGUUAUUUCACUCGAAAGUGCAGUAUUUGGGAUGAAAUCUUGAAUGUAAAAAACCACCAGAAGUGGCCCGUGUCGCGAAUCCAGUCGACGACGCAGAGGGUUUUUUUCUCAUCUUUUCUUCAUUCGCGCCCCGCUCUGUCGUGAGUGUAUUGUGUGUACUGCAAGUAUUCUACGGUCUGCUCUAUCAGUUCAAACGUAGAAAAAAAAGAAAUAAAAAGACUAUUGAGGACAGGACAGCGAGUUUGGAGGCGACCGUGUGAGUCAGCCGCACUUCGAAAAUCCGGACGUCUGGUCAGCAGGCCUGCCCUCUAGACCGGAAGGUGCCCUUCCGACCGAAUCGACCGAGCCCAUUGUGUCUCGCAUCAGGCGGUGCUCACAAAAGAUAACCGAUUCAAUGGGUUCUCCUCUCGUGGCUUAAUUCCUAGAAAAGAUUAGGACGAAUGAAUCACCGCCAUAGGCAGCGCGUUACCUAAGCUAACAGAUCAACCACAGAUCGUGAGUUCGUUUUGAAUUUGAUACCUUUUUUUUAACUAAAAUGGAUCCGGUGGGACCGUGGUCGUACUCGUACAACCGCCAGCCGGGUACGGCUAGCAAUGAAUUCCACCACCAUCUAGCGACGGCAGCCGCAGCCGGUGGAAUAGGUCUAGCUGCUCAUAACACAACAGUCGGUGUGCCAUCGACAACGUCGCAGUUGCUGCUCCAGGCAGCCCACACAACAUCGCUCGGAACAACGUCGGGUCCGUUCAAUCCACCUGGUUUUCUAUCACCCCCGGGUGUAAGCUACGAUGCUGUUUUCACUCCCUUAUUCCACCCGGCCGCAAACCCGAAACCGGCCCACUACAGCUCGACUAUCAAUCAGCAUCGGGUACUGGCGCAAGCGCAAGCCCAGGCAGCCGUAAAGCAAGCCAGUGAUCCGGAAGUGUUGCGCGAUAACUAUACUACUCAUCAAACGUUGGCCGCUGCACAAGCGGCUAACUUUUUCGAACAGCAACAGCAGACAACUAACACCAGUGCCGGUAGCGCAGGAUCCACAUCAACCAGUGGAUCCUGGCAGGGAAACAAUCAACUUCCAAGCCCAUUUGGCAUAAUGCCCCACGAGAAUGUCGUUCAGUCCAACCCAGUCACAUCGGCAUCAUCGAAGACCACCACUUCAACGUAUGAAAACUUCAACGCACAUUUCAGUUUGAACCAACAGCUAAACUCGCAGCUGGCCGGUAAGGCUGCGACCAGGUCAGCAUCGCCUGCAGUAAACAGUGGAAGCAGCAGUGCAGGUUCCUCCAAAACAACCACUAAUUAUUUUGCAUCGUCGAACACCAGCAGCAAUACCCAGCAGUACGGUGGAGUUAAUGAAUCUCUUUCCAACUAUUCCAAUCAACAGCAGCAGCAAACCAGUAAACAGCAGUUGGACUACGGUGGUGCCAGUAAGUCAUUGCCACCCUCUUCCGAUUCCGGUGGUCGUUCGUCUUCGCUUCAGCAGUCGUCUUCAUCUUCGUGCAUUGUUAUUACCCCUGUUUCUACUCCAACUAUCAUUUCCUCACCCUCAUCCCAGUCAUCUCCUUCAUCUUUCGUGACGGCUAGUGCGAAAGACUACAAGUACCAGUCUCGUAUCAUACCAUCCCAAACACCACUCGUUAAUUCAUCGAUUGUCUAUGCGUCUCGUAACCACAACGCGCAUCACACGGCAGCUGGCAGUUUGAUUGAUCCUAAAACCCGAUUGUUAUCACCAGGUCUUCACACGCAACCCGUUAAUGCGCAACUGCAGCAGCAACAGCACGCGCAGCAUCAACAACAACAACAGCAGCAGCAGCAGCAGCAACUCCAUCAGCAACAUCAUCACUUGGUGCAGAUGAAUAGUUUUAUCGUACCUCCACCUACGGUGUCACCACAAUCGCCGGUGCACAACAGUAACAAACUUGUACAUAAGUGUUCGUCAUCCCACUCGAAAGGAGGCGGUGGGUCCUCGGCUGCUACCAUCAAAUCCGAUGGCCAGCACAUAGUGAUUAGCCAUCAACCGCAGUCAUCGCCGAUUAGCUACUCGAUCACCGAUAACAACGGAAGGGCAAGCAGCUCGUCUGCUUCCUCGUCCAGUUCAUCGAUCGCGGCGUCAACGACGCCAGCGUCUAAAUUAAAUAGUCCUAUUAAUCGUGUAAAUAACGGUAGUAGUAGUAGUAUUUCUAGGAGUAACAGUAACAGUAGUAGUAAUCAGCAGCAGCAGCAAUAUCAACAAAACAGUGCCUCUAGUAGCUAUAGAAGUAAUUAUAAUCAAUUGAAUGUAUCUGGUAGCAGCGCUGAGUCCGUCGAUUAUGGCCGCGCAAAGCGUGAACCCCAACAGGCCCAGCAGUCCCAGCAGCAGUAUUCGAAUGGUCCCAUUACGUCGUUAUCCCGGCAUCAGAUGACGCCCUCUUCACCGGCGGCAUCCGAUUACAGUAGCUCUUCAGGGGCAAUUCAAAGGCGACCCUUGUCGCCUGCCCAUUCUCACCAUUCUCAGGUGUCCCCCAUUAGUCCGGCCUAUUCUAUGUACAACAGUCCUAUGGGCAAUACACUUUCCUCCCCGCAGCAUCAAUCCCAACAGCCGUCUUCUCUGCAGACGUCGGCAAUACGAUCGCCUUCGAGCAAUAUUCCCCGACAGUCCCAACCAUCACAACAGCAGCAACAGAACCAAUCACAGCCAACCGUGCAAGUUGCGUAUCCAUCGGUCAUAACGCGCACACAGCAGCAACCCCAAACAGUGUCAGGCCCAGCAUUGACAGCUCCGAUACAGGUGCCCACGCUUAGUCACUGGGAUCACCGUAGCAGCAGUACAAACGAACGUUCAGCUCAGCCCGAGCGAAAUGAUCCGAUGACAAUAGUACGGAAUCUACAACAGCCGAGUAUUAUUUCGCAACAAUCGGAGCGUCCGCAACCUCCUCCGCAAGCAACUCCCGAAAAGACUGAAUCCAAAUCGAGACGGAAAAAGUCCGAAGCUCCAACACGAAUCGUACCAGCGGCAAGUGUGGCAAACGGAGAUUUCGGUGGCAGUUCCACCAUGACAAGUGUUACGAGCACUGCAGGUGCCGGCCAGGCAGGCACUGGAACACCCGGUACUAAAGAUCAGUCACAAAAUGGCAACACAUUGGAUUUUGACCGAUGGAAUCUUUCAGCUCCCCCCGGUGCCGGAGCGGCAAAAAUGUUUGCCAACAGCAACUUGAUGGCCCAGUCUCAUACAACCUCUUUUAUCCCUCCUCCCCAUCCGAUCUAUUACCCCCCGUUCCAUGGUCCCAUUCCUCUCAUACCUAAUGAGAUUAUAAGCAGCACGCUGGCAGCAGCCGCCGCUGGAACUAAUCUCGAAGUCCCAACCUAUACCACUCUACUUAGCGCGUCCGAUAAUGCCCCACCGGUGGCCGCAGCCAGCACUGACGGUCGCACCAGCGAAGACGAACAACCUUCCGCGAAUGUUGCCAACAGCAACAAGGUUGUAGUUCCCAAUAUAGAGGAAGAACUUGGAUUUCUUGCAGAAAACACGAGGCAACCACACCAACAGCAACAACAGCAUCAUCCACAGCAAUCACAACAACCAACACAGCAACAGCAGCAGCAAGGACAAGGAGCUUCCACUGAUGCAGGAACAACCGGAAACAAUGGUCUUGCGGUUACACCAGCCAAAAAGUUCAAUGUUCCACCAAAAGAUAGCAAGGGCUUUAUGGGUAGCUAUUUGAAGUUUUUACAAGGCGAACGAGACACAUCGCCACCCCCGGCGACGAGAACCAAUCGUAAGACAACAUGGACUCGGCCGGCUGCGAAUGCCGGUAAUGCAGCCAAUAAAAAUACGACAGCUGCAAACAAGGCAGCCGCGGCGGCAGCAGCAGCGGCAAACCAACAGCAAACUCAGCAGCAACCACAGGUCCAGCAGUCGCAACAAGCGACCCAAGCGCAAACAGCGCCAACAGCUGCCGGACAAGACGUUAGUAACGGUAUCUUUCAAGCUGACCAAUACAUGUCUAAUUUCAAUAUUCCACAUCUGCAGCAGAAGCAGUCGGACCACCUACAGCAGCCGCAGCAACUGCAUCCGCUCCAGCAACAGCCGGAUCCCCGAUACUCCGCCUACCCAGUCACGAAGGAUAACCGGAAACGCAAAUACGACUCUGAAGUUAAAUUGCCGCACAUGUCAGCAGCCGAUCCCCUAACCGUUCCCCAGCGUCGGCAACCUUCGAAUCGCAAGGCCAAGUCCAAAGCCUCCAACAUACAGCAAAUGAUUGAGCGCGGCCAGGGGGGCACCGGUGGACUCGAGGAACCGGCGGAUUUCGCGUCCGACUCCGACUCCGAUCCAGCCUGGACGCCUCAAGAAAAAGAGGAUGACGAAGAAGAAGAAGAUAUGAUGGGACGUAAGAAAGCUAAAGCGCCCAAAAGUGUCGUUGGAAGUCCACGUGGCAAGCAACGACCGCGUUCAAAUAUUCUGUCAGUGGCCGCUGCUGGCGCCGGAAUCGCAGACUACGAAUAUGGCAGCGAAGAUGACAACAGCGCAUUAGUCCGAGGUGCUAGCUCUCAAGCAAUGGCAAAUCCAACCCAACAACAGCAGCAACAACAACAGCAACAGCAGCAAGUGCUACAAGAGCAACCAAUGCUGCAGCAGCAAAUUCAGCAGCAGCAAUUACUGCAACAGCAACAACAGCAGAUGUACCAACCGGCGACUGCUAUUCCCAGUAAUCAACUGAUUCAAAAUCAGUAUCUACAGCAGCAGCAGCAGCAGCAACAACACCAGCAACAAAUUCAGCAGCAAUACAACGCAGCAGCCAUGGUUAGCCAACAACAGCAACAGCAGCAGCAGCAACAGCAGCAGCAGCAACAGCAACAACAACAGCAACACCAACAGCCACAGCAAUCACAACAACCACAGCAAAGCGUCGCCAACAGUGAUGAUUUUCAGACAGGAGAUUUCGUUGUAAUCCGUUCGGAGCUGGUGCAGGAUUAUCCGUCUAUCUGGCGGGUGGAUGGAAAGACUUUGUUGCAAAAGUACGAACCGUUCGAUCAGAAUGGAAAAACACUCCACCGGAAUGUUUCAACGUACGCCGCCUGGAAUGCGGAAAGCAAAAAACUGUACGUAAAAAUACCGGUUCGCUUCCGGGUGCACAACCAUAUAGAAUCGGUGGUGGAGUUUAUGCGCAACGAGAUGUCGAUCGACGAUACGGAACAGUUUCUGGAGAUGUCCAUGGAUGAGACGAAAAAGUACCAGGACGUGUUCGAGGUGUACAUUCAAACGCUUAUUUCGCAGGCCCUGGACUCGAACUUCCUGAAGGAAAUCUUCCAGGAGCAAGAUGAUUACUUCCUAUCGCGAGUGCAAACGAUCGACAAUCUCACCGACGAUCGGAAGCGACGACUGAUCCAGAUCACGCCGUGGUCACGAAACAUGAUCACUUCGAUUGCGACGUUCCCCGCUUACGAUAUCAUGACCGAGUUGGGCCAUACUAACAUGAACCAUCCGGUUUGCGUUGCGUGCCAUCAGCCGGGAAUUUCGGUGCGCAUUGUGCUACAAGGUCAGACGUACAACACGGCCACGCUAGCCCCCUGCCAGAUACAGGACGCUCGGAUUCAGUACGAGAAAAAUUUUCUGCUGUGUCGUAUCUGUUCCUCGCGGUUUGAGUUGCUGCACAAAAUUUGCCACCAGAAGUACAUGAUGUUUGUCGAGUGCGCUAAGCGCGUCAAUCAGCAGAUUUCAAACGAUUCAUCCAAAGCGGCUACUAUAAUUUUAAACGAACUACUGGCCGAUGAACAUUGGCUGACAAUGCUCUUCAAAGAGGUUCGCAGUAUUUGGGCCGAAAUAGAAAACAUGGAGCGGCAGUAUCGAUUCCAGGUGGCAUCUCAAUGAGGACGGGGAAAGGCGGCAAUAACACCGACAUAACUUUUGUCAAACAAGGUAAACUUUUUUUUGAAAUCAAAUCCAAGAGCAAAUAGUCGAUUGGCUGAGUCAUCCUAGAUGAACAUAUAUAUGCGCAUGGACGCAAAACAGAGAGAAAGACACACACACACACACAUGCACUGCAAGCAUAAACCUAUUUUAAAGCUAGAGAAACAGUCAGCAGCUAGACUUCCAGACUUGGCAGAUGAAAUUACUCGCUGGACUCACUAUAAUCACACUACUCAUGAAACACAGCAUUGAUUUAACAUACUCCUUAUAAUGGCGCGCCCAACAAACAGUUCCGUAGGAUGUCCGCAGGCAGCAAAACAUCGUAAAACAAUAAUAAGUAUUUUCAUUAGUUCGAACCCCUAGCAAACUACGCAAACUCGGUAGCCAGCCUUACGUUUAAGUAACCAUUAAAACCGUUAGCCAUUUCACGUUCCUUCCACUAAUCCUUUCGGACGCGAUCACUACGCUUUUAUACGAAAAAAAACACCCUGUUUUUUCUGUUAAUAAGGUGCAAAGUAAAUAUAGGAAAAUUUCUUUUUCUUGCGAUCUUACCACACCACCCUAAGCAUUAAGCUUCGAAUACUAAAUUCGCUUAUUGUUAGGUAUUUUUAUGAACAAGAGAAGAAAAAAAUCGGAAAAAAACGCUAGUGCGCUGCAUUCAAGUCGUCUGUAAAAAGUAUGAGAUAAAAUAUAAGCAAACAUGUAAGUCGGUGCAUU